AUGGGGUGGGAGACGACGCAGGGCGUGGGGGAGGGCAGCUGCUCGCCCUCCCCCUCGGCGGCGCCGGCGACGCCUUCGUGCUCGCCGAACGGGAAGAGGAGCCGGGACCCGACCGAGGAUGAGGUCUACCUCGAUAAUUUCCAUUCCCACAAGCGGUAUCUCAGUGAGGUACUACUGGGCUCGGUCUUAAACCCCCAAAUUUCCCCUUUCAUCUGUCAUUUUGUUGUUCUGCACCGUUUUUUUUAGCUUCUUCAUGCUCCCCCACGCCUCCCUGCGAGCGCAGAUUUCACCAUUUUUUCUCCCAUUUUUAUAUACCCGACCUUGUUCCUCUGCCAUCGCUAAUCUCGACCACUGGGAGGAUGGUCCUCCCUAUUCUUGCCGGUGCAGUUUUGGUUGAUAAUUGACUAAAACGGAGAACGAACUAGUCGAUGAGUCUUUCUUCCUGGAUCCUCCCCUCUCACAGAUAAUGGCGUGCAGCCUCAAUGGGUUGAGCGUGGGAGAGACUCUGACUGAGAACCUCAUGGAUUCUCCGGCGAGGUCGGACACCAGCAUGUGCUACCACACCAGGUAUAUUUCAGUCACAGUUUCCUUUACUUUCUAACACAAAGAGCCCCGUAAGUAAUCCAUUGCUCGCUACAUUUCUUCUGUUCUGGUUUCAUGGAGGUCGCGUUCUUCAGAUUUGUUUAUCUGAUUUUAAACCAUUCCGAGGUGUUUCAUUGUUGAAUCUUGACGCUGACCGGGCACGUCGGUUUCUAUCUCCAGCUCCGAUAAUCAUCCUAAAAUCUCCAGUAAUUAACGCCGACAGAUUUCAUAAAAUGAGUUCGGAGGAGCUCUACAUCGAUGCCAUUCCUUUAAAAUCUUUCUCUGGUUUUGAGAUGAUUAGGAAUAAACCUCUCACUGAUUACAACGACAGAACUGCGCAUCCGAUCGCCAAUCGCUUCCGAUUCAGAUGCCCUGCUGGUUUGAACUACGCUCUGAUCAGGAUCUUUUAGUGCCACUCUAUGAUUUGGAGAGAAAAAUGUCUGUUCUUGGAUUGUGUUCAGUUUAGUGAUUGUCCCUCCUCCGACAGGAAGGAUCAUCCGAGAAUGCAUGCCUUUGUUGAACAAAUGAUCGUCUGCCCAUUACAAGAUGAGAGAUCCUCAUUAGCAUACAAUGAUACCCCUCGUUUCUAGAAUUUUGUGAUUGAGUGUGCUUUUGGGAGCUCAUGGACGCUAAUUUUCUAUUUUCUCUCUCCUUCCUGUUUUAAACGUAUCCAGUAAGAAGACCAACUGUGGUUGACUCUCCUCAUUUGUUUCUCCAAUAAGAUCAAAAGCAGUAGAUUAUAUCAUUCAUAUAUGGUUCGUGAGUCCCAAUACCAUUUAGUUUCCAAAUAAAAAUAUGUAAUUCAGUUUCACGGUGGGAGUUUGUAUUCAUCUGAUUUCUUCUUCUGUCAACUACCCCAGAGAUGAGCUAGCGUCACAAUACUCUCCCAUGUCUGAGGACUCCGACGACACCCGGUGCUACGACCCUCACUUCAACACGAUGGCGGCUCAGCCUGACGGCACUGGUAGCAUCAGCAGCAGCCCGGUCUCUCCCCACCGAUGCCCAAGGCACCAGAUGGUGUCGGGCCCAUCUGCCACCUACCCUCUAGUCGCCACUGUCUGCUCUCAUCCACGGCGAGGGGCCGACACCGAUGCCCGGUUUCCCUCCUCGCCCAACGAUGCAUGCCACACGGGGGACCUGAGACGCACGGCGCUCUUGAGGUCUGUGCAGAUGCGUGCCCAGCCCCACGGCUCGCCACCGGCCUAUGAGCUCUCGUUCACCGGCAUGGCAAGUGCAGAGGAGGGAGACCGGCCCUGCUCGUGCCUUAAGAAUGCCGACGAUGAGCCUGAGUAUCAUCGGCCGCCGCCUCCAUUUCCAGGCUUGCUCGAGGAAGGCCCUCAAGCAGAUGGGUCUCCCUCCUCUCACCAAGGUUGA